UCAAGCAGCAACGGAAAAGGAAAUGACGGCAAUGGCGGAGGAGGAGUUGAGUAGGCUUCAAAGACAACUACGUAUCAUGGAGGAAGAUCGAAUGGCUUACUCCGACGAGACUAAAGCUAAACUCGAAAAACAAAGGAAAAUCAUCAAAGGUUUGAAGGAAGAAAAGAAGAAAAUACUCGAAGAUUUAAGAGUGGCUACUUCCACCAGUCACACGAAGGAAGACCUGCAGCAUACGAUUAACAUGGAAAAACUAUUGAAAAAAUACAAGAAAUAUUGCAAAGAAGCUGACGACAUGAAGAACGAAAUCAAGGAGAUUGACGUACAACAAAAGAAAAUGGAAACCGAAAUAAAAAAGCUGCGUCGUGAUAACGGUGUCACCGAACAGGAGUAUCAGUACCGCAUCAAGUCUGGUAACAAUACCAUUAAAGCCCUGGAAAACCGUUUGGAGCAUUCAGUCAAAAAAUUCUGUAAAAUCAUCGUUGACAACAAGGAUCUAAGAGAAGAGAUAGACCAUCUGUUGGUGGAAAGGUGUCAAUUCAACGAAACGUGGGAUCAACUACUUCUCGACUUGAAAAACGGUAAAAAGCUGAUGAUGGAACUUGUGGACCAAGCAACUUCGGCCUACGAUCAGAGGGAAGAAUGCAGCUCUAAGUUGGAGGCUUUGAAGAAACGUGCACAACACGAUUUGGUAGUACACGCUGAAGAAAUGCGGGAGAUUAAAAGGAUUUUGGACCACGAUAACCGGCUGCAAGAAUUUUUGUGCAUUAAAGGGCAGAGAAGAGUGCUGAAGGAUCUGGAAGAGAAGGAACGACUGAAAAAAGAGGAAGAACAAAGGACUCAAGAGAACCAACUGAAAACUUACGUGGAGACUUUGGCGGAGAUCAGAAAUUAUUGCAGUGAAGACGACGUGGAGAGAAUGGCGGCUCAGUUUAUAAAGCAGGAAGAGGAGAAUUUUGCACUUUUUAAUUACGUCAACGAACUAAACCACGAAAUAGAAGACCUACAGAUAAAGGUCAAAACUUUCGAAGAGAAAAUUGAGGAGCAGCAAAAAUUAAGUGAUGAAAGGGUCAAAAGUAGAAACGCCACUUUGGACAACAUGCAAAAAGAAUUGGACGAAAAGAAGGCGGAAGCAGAUGAAGCGGAAGAGGAGUUGAAGAAAUCUGAUGAGAAGCUAAAGCAAAUUCUGGAUGGGAUUUUGGACGUUUUCAAGCUGUUAAGAUGUGAAAGAGGGCCAAUACUCGAAUUACUAAAAGGUGAACAGAUUAACCUCCACAACGUUAUGAUCUAUAUGGGCACCAUUGAGAAGAAGAUGUCUGACAUCAUUAAUUCUUUGUACCAGAUGUCACGACCUACGGGCAAACAAAAGAAGUUGGAAGUGUAA